GUGCGUUUGCUAAUGUCCAAAUGACAAUUGACAUUACCAGUUAUAAUUUAUGUGUUGGUUCAAAUAACAUUUUAGCUUCUGUAAAUAACUUAAGAGAAAGAUAUAUUCGUACAAUUAAUUUUGUGUGUCUGCAAGUGUAAAAUGGCUACAGAAGUAAUGAAGCUUGAGGUGGAAUCGGAGUCGUGCUGCGUGUGCGGCAACACCAGCGGCGAGUUAUUGACGCCAGAAGAGCAUGAUGCGGGUGCUUCCCUGGGGCAGGUGCCGCUUCGGGCCAUGCUGCUGCAGCUCAACAAUAGUAAGGUGGUGCCGGAGGGCCGGCUGUGUUCCAAUUGCAUUCGGCGCACACUGGAGGCGUAUGAGUUCAGCUCGGCGCUAUCGGCGCGCGGCGUGCCUCCACUCAGCGAGAAGAUCAGAGCACUCCGGAGAAGGUCAUCAUUGUUUUGUAUAGCAUAAAUAGGAUUUUUGCAAAGUGACAGUAAAGUUUAUAUGUAUAUUUUUUGCAAACAUAGA